AUGUCGGCAAUAAGUGAGGACCAUCUACGCACUGUUAUGUUUGCCUACACCAAAGUGCUGAGUCCCAGCGCGCAGGUUAUCGCCAUCUUUGCAAACGUUCUGAAUGUCAUCACAUUCUGCCAAAUUGGACUAAGAGACAGUGUGAACAUCACAUUCCUGCUUCUGUCUAUUUCAGAUCUGGUCUACGUGGCUCUGGAUACCUGUAAGGGCAUCGCCUCUGUGAUAGCUCUGUCUCCGUGGCAAAAUGAUCUCCCAGUUAGCAUGAUCACCGUGGGUGUUAUCAUACAGUUUUACCAAUACAUCUUUCUGGAUGCUUCCACAUGCAUGGAAACUUACCUGGCCAUUACCAGAUGCUGCUGUGUUGCCAUGCCCCUUAGAUUUAAAAAUAUUUUCACAUUCCAAAGAACUGUGUUGAUCAAUGCCGUUAUAUUAAUGUGCAACACUGUCUUUAGAAUCCCCAUUCUCUCUUCCUAUUAUCUGACAUGGCAAACCAACCCAUUCACCAACCUCACAAAACUCGCUUUCUAUCCCUACAGCAGCUUUCAGAUAUUGAACUUCAUCGAACUGGUCGUGGCUAGAACUGUCUGCCCGGUCAUAGUUCUCCUCAUCUCCACGGUAUGUUCUCUUAUCCUGGCUAGAUCCUUGAUACAGGCUUCACUGAAUCGUAAACGGAUGACCAACGUCUCGGGCUACCAUGGCGAUGUGAACAAGAACAAGAACCAAGUGUUGAAGGCAAAAGAGGUCCAGCUGGUCAAGGCUGUGACCCUUGUGAUAAUGCUCUUAGGGUUUCUACAACUGAUUCUUUCUUUGUUUUCUCUGGCUCAAGCAGCAAUGCCCGAGCUUUUCCCAGGCAGGAAGUACAGGAAUCUCCAUGGUGUGAUCACUUUUGUUGUUAACCAUCUGAUCCUCUUACAUUGUGCUUAUAAAAUAGGGAUCUAUUAUUUGUUUAACACUCGAUUUAGAGCUAUAGUCAAAAUGUUGUUCCAUGUUCACGUGUAA